AUGUCUGGAGCUGGAAAUCGUGAACAGGUGUUCCCCACACGUAUGACACUUGGUGUUAUGAAAACAAAACUAAAAGGUGCACAACAGGGCCAUUCGUUGUUGAAGAGAAAAUCCGAGGCAUUGACCAAGAGAUUUAGAGAUAUUACACAGAGGAUAGAUGAUGCCAAAACCAAGAUGGGCCGAGUGAUGCAGACUGCUGCUUUCUCGCUUGCCGAAGUGUCAUAUGCUACAGGUGAUAACAUUGGAUACCAAGUUCAAGAAUCUGUACAAAAAGCUCGUUUCACAGUGCAGGCCAAGCAGGAAAACGUUUCCGGUGUUUACUUGCCUACUUUUGAUAGUCAUAUUAACGAGGAUAUCAAUGACUUUAAAUUGACUGGAUUGGGUCGUGGUGGACAACAGAUUCAAAAGGCGAAAAUGGUGUACACGAGAGCAGUGGAGACUUUGGUUGAGUUGGCUUCGUUGCAAACUGCAUUUAUUAUCUUGGACGAGGUUAUCAAGGUGACCAAUAGAAGAGUUAAUGCAAUUGAGCAUGUGAUUAUCCCCAGAACCGAAAACACCAUUGCUUAUAUCAACUCAGAGUUGGAUGAAUUGGACAGAGAAGAGUUUUAUAGGUUGAAGAAAGUGCAGGAGAAGAAACAGGAGGCAGCAGCGGCAGCCGAGGCGGAGGAUAAAUUGGCAUUGGCUGAGGCCGAAGGUGACACUGAUGUCGGUGGAGUGACACGUAAUGCAGAGAAGUUGGACAUCAAGGCCGAUGCAAAAAGUACAGUUUUGGAAGAGACCGAAGACGAUGUUAUUUUUUAG